AUGAAAAAAUACUUGGUUUUUGAAAAUUCUCAGUAUUCGUAUAUCAUAAAUAGUAUAAAAAAUGGGGAUGAGUCGGAAAAGUUAGCUGCGUUGAACGAUUUUUAUGAACAACUGAAUUUAUCAGCAGACGGUGGAUUAAGCAAUUCGCACCUGGAAGAAUAUAUAAAUGUGCUGAUUCAUGUAAUUAAUAAUCCACACAUAAGUUAUAAUAGUGUAUAUGAAAGGAAUGAUAAUAAUAACAAUAGUAGUAGUAACAAGAAUACGUCAAAAAGUUGGGGUAAUGAGAAAAAAUUAAAUUCAGAUAAAAUAAAUGACUUAGUUGGUAGUGGUUUAAAUAGUUUUUUCAAGAUAAUACAAGAGCAUAUUGGAGUUUAUACGUCAGAUUAUGAGGAUAUUGAUAGUGAAUUAGACUAUAGUGAGAGUAAGGAGGAAAAGAAGAAGAAGAAAAAAAAAAAAAAUAUAGAUAAGAGCAGUAAUAGCAAUAAUGAUAAAGAUAAGAAAAAGUCAGUCGAAAUUUUGGAUGUGAAGAAUGAGGACGAAGAAGUAGUCAAAGUAGAACAGGAAGAUAAGGAGGAAAAGGACGAAAAGGUAGAAAAGAAAGAACUGAAGGAGCUGAAAGAUAUUAAAGAAGCUAAAGAAACUAAAGAAGCGAAAGAAACUAAAGAAGCGAAAGAGCUGAGUGAGAUGAAGGAACCGAAAGAACUGUAUAGUGUUAGUAAAAAGGAAAUUGUAAUAAAUUCUGAGGAUGAUGAAAGCAGCGAUUAUUUUUCCUACUCAGAAAACUCAAGUAACUCAUCGAGUAUUACAAGCGAAUGUAGUAUAGAAUCAGAAAAUGAAAAAAUAUUUCUUAACGAUGCAUGUGCCAUAGAUGUAAAAUAUAUUAACAUUAUAUAUACGGCGACAUGUUGUAUAUAUACCAUUUUAGAUAUAUACCCCAACUCAAUAAAAUAUGUAAUUAAUAAUAAAGACGGUGUGAAUAUAUUAAAUAAAAAACUAAAUGAUAUAGAAUAUAUAGAUGUUGCUGAAGUAAUCUUAAAAAUAUUUGAAAAAUUAGUAGAAAAGGAUCCUAUGCUUAUAUUAAAAAAAAAAAGUAUUAAGUAUAUGUUAAUGCAUAUAGAUUUUUACAAUGUUAAUAUUCAAAAAAAAAUAUUUUUUUGCAUCAUUCAGAUGAUUAAUAAUAUAAAGAAAUAUAAACAUAUUACAAAGUAUAUUACACCAUAUUGUAACAUAUUUGUUAAUUUUUUUCAUUUUCAUUAUAUACAUAUAUUAAAUAUUAUAUGUACCUUGUGGAGAUCCUUACUUGAUAAAAUGAUUUCCUUACGACUGGAAGAUGAAAAUAAUUUACGAAGAAAAGAACAGCGUGAAACAUCUGAAUCAAAUGUUGAUGCAAGAUGUAUAUUCAAAAAGAAUCACAAAGAAACAUCCUAUUUAAGCAAGUUAAUGGAAAAGGGGAAAAAGAAGAAAAAAAAAAAUGAUAAUAAUGGUAAUAGUAAUCUUAGCACUUAUGAGGAGAAGGAAAGAGUGGACAUGCUGUCCUCCUUUUAUGUAUUAAAGGAUGAAAAAGAAAAGAACGUAGAAGUAGAUCAAGGUGAGGAUGAGGAGAUUAUAGAAAUAACAGAUGAAGAGCAUGGUUGCGAUUUUAUGAAUAAGGAGAAUGUGUCAUACACUAAUAUUAAGGAUCGUAGUAAAAACGCUAACAAGGAAUCAAAGAAAAAAAGGGAUACAUCGAGUAAUAAGAAGAUUAAGAAGAAGCCAAAAAGGGGCACCAAAAAAGAAGAGGUGAAAGGAGAGGAAGAGGAGAAGGAGAAAGAGGAAGAAGCAGAACUUGAAGAACAAGAAGAAGCACAAGAAUUAGAACAGAAAGAAAAACAGGAAGAAGAACAAGGAGAAAAACAAGAAGAAUUAGAAGAAGAAUUGGAUGAAGAACAAGAAGAAGAACAAAACAGAACGAAAAAGAAAAAAAAAGGAAAUAAUGAUAAAGAAAAAAUGGUUGUAACUAAAGACGUGAACACGUCUGAUAGUUGUAAUUACGAAAAGACGAACAGAAGCAACAGAAAGGAGAACAGCAACUUAAAAGAAAAUAAGAGCAAUAAUAGUGUUAUCAAAAAAGGUAGUAAAAAGGGAGUGAAAAAAGAAGAAGACGUAUAUAUUUUAGAUGACGAAUACUCUGGUUGUGGCACACGUAAAAAUAUCAAUUCGAAUAAAAAUAUUAGUUUUCUUAGCUCCUUUUUGAAAAAUAUUAUGGAUGAUAGUAAGGUGAAAGAGAAUAUAUCUUCCUCAAUCGGUGAAGAUUCACUUUGUAAAGAAAAAAAUAAAAAAGUUAAUACAAAACAUGGGAACGUAAAUAAUAUUAUUAAUAGUAAUAAUAAUAAUAAUAAUAAUAGUAAUAGUAAUAGUAAUAGUAAUAAUGAUACCAAUUCGGCAAAAUUUAGGAACAGCUUAAGAGAUGCAAAUAAGGAUGAAGGAGCGCUUAAAGAUGAAAUGAAAAUAAAUAAUAAUGCGAACCAUUCGAAUAAGUUGUUACAAAAUAUGAUUCAUUUAAACAGUAAUGAAAGCACGUAUUUAAAGUUAAGUGCAGAAAUAGAAAGUAUUUACAAUAUCAACAUUCGAAACAAUAUAAUAAAGCUAUUAAUUGAAUGUCAAAUAGAGGAUAAUUUAUAUGCUUUUAUGGAAACGUUUUAUAUAAUAUCCAUAUUAGUGCAUUACAGUAAUAAUAUACUAGAAAAUUUUUGUAAUAGUGACUUUUUAAAUAAGUUCAAUGAAUUUCUGCAAAAUAAAAAAUUUCAAAAUAAUAAUUUUUUAAUAAUUUAUAUUUUGUUUACCUUAUAUUCUUUUCUUCCUAUGUGUACCUUUGAUGGUUUACUAAUUUACGAAUUUGAAAAGAAAAAAAACAUAAAUGAUAAAAUGUUUUUUGAAAAUAUAGAAAAUGAGAGGAGUGAAAAUGAUAGUGUAAAUAAAGAAGAACAGGAGGAAAAAUCUACCUAUUUUGAUAAGGAAAAAAAAGGUGGUGAAAAUUUUUUUAAUUACGACAUGUGUAGAUAUAUAUUGUAUAAAUUUCCUGUAGAUGUUAAGAAACAUAAGUUAAUAUUUUAUAAAAAUAAUUUUCACUAUUUACUAACUUUGAUUAGAAUAAUUAUACCAAAUAUAUAUUCAAUCUAUGAAGAAACGUUAUAUUACGAUAUUAAGUAUUUGUGCAUAGUUAUUGCUUUAUCAGUCUUUAUAUCAAUGUAUAAAAUUUCGUUUACAUAUUACAAUAAUGCACAAUUUGUAGAGUGCUUAGAAUAUAUCUUUUCUUUUUAUAAAGAAAUAUAUUCUUUUAUUAGAAGUAUUAUUUUAAAUAAUUUAUCCGAAUCCUCAGUUAUUAGUGGAAUUGUUAUAUGUAGAAUAGUUGAGCAUUUUAUAUUUUUAAUUUCGAACAAUCCAGCUUACUCAUUAUUGAGAGAAACAAUGAAUAGGGGAACAAGCGACGUGAACAAAAAUAUUAUGGACAAUGUUAGUAUCUUACAUGGCAGUUAUAAACCGAAAACUAUUAAUCGUAGCACAUGUAACAAAGUGGAUGAUAUUUCGAACAAUACAUACAUGCUAAACAGUAGCAGAAGUUGUUUCUACUUAGCUGUUUUAAAAAAUAUUAUAAAUAAAAUUUUACUAAAGAAAAAGGAGGAAAUAGAUAUGCUGGGAAAAAGUAAUUUCAUUUGCAGUAAUAAAAAUAUAUAUAACAUUAUUUUUUCAUAUUUUUAUGACUUGUAUUAUAACGGCUCAGAUGGUGGUCCAAACAACAACAGUAGUAAUUGUGGCAGUAAUAUUAUAAGUGAGAGGAACUUGCUAUUUUUUAAUAGAGAUAGAGAAUUGAAAAAUGUUGCAUUAGAAUUUAUGACUAUAUUUUUAAAUUAUGAAAAUAUGAAAAGAUGUAAAAAUGAUAACGUUUCACCGCUGGUUAUAAGUGAACUAAUUGUAGAUGAGGUUACGUGCUAUAACCAAAUGGUUUUGUGUUAUUUCUAUUUAAUUAAUUUGUUUUAUAAUUUAUCAAAAAUGAAUGAAGAUGCAUCUAUAUACUUCUAUCAAUAUAACAUUGCAAAGCGUUUAUAUUUUUUUUUAUUUCAAAAAUUGUUUUACUGUGAUGAGCUGAAAAAUGUAGAGAAGGAAAACAAACGAGGGAAAUUGUUAGUGCAGGAUGAUGUACUGUUUAGAGAAAAGAACAAAAAGAAUGUUUUGAAUUUAUUAAAAAGUAUUGAUAGAAAUAUUAGAUUAUAUAUAUUUUUAUUUGCAUUAUUGUUUGUUAAUAAUAAGAAAAAGGAAGAAGUAGUGCAUGGUUUAUUUUUAAAUAGUGUAAAAAUGCUGUAUUCUAUGGUUUAUGAUUUAGUACAAAGGAAUAUAGAAGAUAUUGAUGAAAAUAAAUAUAACACAAUGAAAUUACUAGUAACAAAUAUUUUUGAUUCAUAUCAUUAUUAUCUGAUUAUGAAUAAUCUUUCCUUUACGAGUUGUUCAAUACUUAUAAAUCUAACAAAGGAAUGUUUAAACAUGUAUGAUAAUUUGCCCAUAUACUUUUUUAGAGAAAAUGCUUAUAAGAAGGAAUGUGAGGAAGGAGGAGUAGCAGCAAAAGCAGGAGUAUUGAGAGAAGGAGAAGGACAAGAAGAGGAUUUGGAGAAGAAGCAAAGUAAAAAAGGGGGUAGUGUAAUAUCAUGGAAAGGAAAUUACGAUGAUUUCCCAUCCCUAAAAAUUGAUAACAGUAACUUCACCAAUUUAAAUUCAAGAAAUAGAAGGAGUAAUAAUGAAACUCUAGUGAAAAGCACAAAACAGAAAAAGAAAAAAUGUAAGGAUGAUCCAAGUAAUAAUAAAGAUUGUUUUAUAGAAAAUAUUGUAGAGAAUAAGGUAGAUUCAUGUGUGCAUAAUGAAGAAACUGAACUUUUAAAAAAUAGAACUUUGAAAAAGGGAAAUGAAAUAGAAAAACAGAAGGGAAGAAACAAAAAUGAACUAAGGAAAGUAAAAGGUGCCGAUUUGGAUAUGAAUCAUGAGAAAAUACAAAUAAUAAAGAACAUACAGAAGGAGAUGAAAAUGAAGAAGGAGGAUAAGGAACAAGAGCGGGAGAAAGAAAAGGAUAAGGAGAAGAAGAAGGGCGAACCCAAAGGAACACCUGUUUUAGAUUUCAUAAAAGAAUUAGAUAAAGAAGUAGAAAUAAUAAGAGAAAAGGUAAAAGACAAAGAUGUUGACAUAGUAACAGAUAACUCUAUGUUUAACGCACAAAUGAGUAGAGAAAAAAUAAAAGGAAAUAAAUUUACUGAUAACAAAAAAGAAUAUAAUUUAUAUGAUUAUUUUAGUACAAAUAAUUAUAAAUAUUUGGACUAUAUACCGAAGGAUUCUUUUUACGAAUACAUAUUUAACGAUAAUAAUAAUAACCUAACAGUUGAUAGGAAAAAAAAUAAAAGCAUGUAUAAUAACUAUAACUGUCAUUUUCCUAUGCAUUUAAGAAGAAACGGAUUAUAUAUUGAUAAUAUUUCUAUCUUUAAUUCGUUGAACAAAGGAAUACCUAUUUCUAUGCAUUUAGAAAAAUUGAAAACUGAUAUGAAUGAAGAGGGAGAAGAAAGAGUUAAGGCACAAAGUAGAAGAGAAGGAAAUUUUUUAAAAAAUGACAGAACUAGCAAUUACGUGGAGGAAUUCUCCAUGAGUUCUAAAACGAACAAUGCAGGUUAUAAAAAAUCGUUAACCGAUAAUGUUUCAAGUGGAGGUAGGAAUAUUAGUAUUAGCGGAGGAAGUAAUGUUAACAUUAACAUUAAUAGCAGCAGUAAUAGAUUGCAGAGAAGUCAGAAAAAUCUUCAAUUGGAUCGAAAUUUAUAUACCAAGGAUAUCACACAUCGUUUGCUGUACUAUGGAAGAAAUGCGUUAGAGAAAACAAAAAAUAUGCAGGGAUCAUUUAACAUAUUCGAAUCUUUUAAUAAGAUAGAAAACUAUAUAAGGAAAAAUAUUAAUAAGAGUAAUAAGAACUUUUACCCAAAGUACUACUCAAAAGAGGAUGAUUUAGUUAUCAUAUCAAUUAAUGGUGUUGAUGUACAUAAGGAUUCAUGCCUCUCUGAGUACUUAAUAAAAUUAAGUGAUUUGUAUUACAUGAACAGAAAUUCUGCUUGUAUUAAUGAAGAAAAUAUUUUUUAUAAUAUAGAGAAUUUUUAUGUUUAUAAUGAUGUUAUAGAAAGUUUACCAACAAAUUAUUACAACGUUAGAAAUAAAAUAAAAUAUUUAUGGAACAAUAAUUCUAGUAGUAUUAAUAGUACUGGUGGAAGCAUAGGUAAUAGUGCAAAUUCUCAUAGAAUAAAUUACAAAAUUAUUAAGAAAAGAAAAAACAAUGAACGAUAUGAAGAGUUGUUAAAUGAUGAACUAAUUAGUAGUAAAAGUAGCUUGAUUGGCACUUCAAAAAAAAAAAGGACUAGUAGUAGUAAUAACAAUACUGUUGUUGAUUUUUAUACUGAGGAGAAGAGGAAAUUAUAUGAAAGUCAAGAUAAGGAAGAUGAUAUAUGUUCCUAUGUUGAUUCGGUUACUUAUAAAAAAAUAAAGACAAGCAUAGAUACACCGUUGUGUUGUAAAAUUAUUAACGAGAAAUAUAAUUAUUACAACAUAUCUUUCGAUUUAGUAAAGCAUUUGUAUAAUUCUAAUGAGCUAUCUGAUAUAAAUAGGAACUCGGACGAAGUAGAAGAAAGAAACAAAAAAAGGAAUUUUUUUGAUAUGUUGAAAAAUGGAAUUAAGAGCAAUUUUCAGAAAGGAGAAAACAAUUAUAACGAAAUGGAGGAAAGAGUUUGUAGCAGCACUGUACUAUACUCAAGUAAAGAUAAUCAUUAUGAUCAUUAUAAUCAUUAUGGUGAAGAGGAUAAUGGAGAUGAUGAUGUUAUUAUGUGGUGUGACAAGAAAUAUAAUUCCGAGGAGGGAGAUGAGAAUUCAUCUUAUUUAAUAGAUUAUAUAAAAGAUAAAUAUAAAAACAAAGAAAUGAAUUUCUUCCUUUCUGAAAGAAAACAUGUAGAAAGUGAUUCUAUGUAUUUAUCAACCUAUUUAAAAAUGGAAAUGAUGAAAGUAACAGAACUUAUUUUCCUUGAAGAUCAUUAUAUUAACAAGGAUGUUAUGCUCAGUACCCAUUUGCAUAACGCAAGUUUUCUAAUGAACAAGGAAUUUGGAGGUAGAAACAAAUAUAGUUGUAGAAGUGAUAUGGAAAAUAUUGAGAGGCAUCGAAAUAGGGAAAAAAUGCUAUUUAAAAAGUAUAAGAAUAGUAGUAGUUAUUCCGAGGUAGGGGCGAAUGAUGCAGAUAGAACUGUGGAUAGUACUUCGGAAGAACUGGGCGAUUCGUCGAAAUGGCAUAGUAGCAGUAUUUACCAUAAUGAGAAAGAAUUUUAUUUGCUAUAUAAUUACAUGCCAAUGUAUAGUGAAAUGAUUAGAACAAAUCAUAUAAAAAACGAUGUAGAAAAUGAUACGUCAGGAGAAGCAGCAUUGGACGAAUUUUUCCAAAAUCAAGAAUCAAUAAAACAGAAAGUAGAUUCUCGUAGUAGAAACAUGCAUUACUAUAUGGGGAAGAGAAAUAAUGAUGAUAAAGAUAUUUUUAUAGAGAAUAUGUACAAUUUUUUAUUUUAUAAAUUUUUAUUUCUACUGUGUAAACAUUUCAAAAUGUGUAACAUUCCGUCGCUCCUUAGUUUUUACAUGAAUAACAAACACGAAGAAAUGAUAAUGUGUAGAGAAAGUAAUGAGUCAAGCAAUAUGCUUAAUGAAGAAACUAUGAACGAAAUAAACAAUAUGAAAUAUUUAUUUUUUGAGAACAUCAAUGAGAGUGAAGAAAGCAUGCCUUCAGUUGGAAUAGAAGACAUAAAAAAGAAGCACUUCGUUCUGAACAGUUUAAAUAACAAGGUAAUGUACUAUUUAAACAAUCCUUUAUUUAUAUUUAGUGAAAAGUUACCAUCAUGGGUGUAUAAAGUGUUUUAUCUGUUCAAUUUUGUUAUCGAUAUUGAUAUUAGAUUGCUCUUUUUUGAAAUAAUAUAUUUUGGGAAUUAUAGAGGUUUAUAUAAUUAUAAACAGAAAAUAAAAGAAUUAGUAGAAAAGUUUAAUGAAAAAGUAAAUUUUGGUAAUAGAAUUUUAACAGAAGAACAUUUAUUAUCUGUAUGUGCAAAUUAUACAUAUAAUUGUGAUAAAAAAAAGUUAUUUAAUUUUUUGUCUGAUAAUACAACUUUAGCUUUACCGAGAACAAAAAUUAAGUUACAUCGAAAUAAAAUGAUUGACUCAUCUUUUCGCAUCUUUAACCAUUUACAUUUUAUUAAUUCGAAUUAUAUUACUCCGUCUUAUUUAGAUAUCGAAUUUUUUAAUGAGGAGGGAACAGGUCUUGGUCCAUCUUUAGAAUUUUAUAAUGAAGUAAUAGAGGAAUUAAAAAAAGAAAAGCUUAAAUUAUUUAAAAUUGAAGAUAAUUAUUUAUUUCCCCUCUCCUACAAAAUUGAUUUGAAUAAUUUCGAUUUCAAUUUAUUAAAGAAACCCAAAAAUUCGGAAUUAAUGGGUUUGAAUAAUAAUAAUAGCAAUAAUAAAUCGUAUAAUUCGUUAAUUUCGCACAAUUUGCACAAUUCGCACAAUUCGUAUAAUUCAUAUAAUUCCAGUUCAUAUCAAUCCUCAUCAGUAAACAAGAGAGUGAAUGUGAUUAGUGAAGGGACAAAUGCAAGCAGUUACAAUUCUGUUAAUAAUUUAAUUAAUCAUUUCCUUUAUUCUAUGAAUUCAAAUAUAUUUCAAAAGGACAGUAAAAGUUUUAAUAAGAAUUUGAGCAAGUACGAUGAUAUGUCUGAAGUUGAAUUCUUAGAUACUAAAAUCGGAAGUAAAAAGAGUAAGAAGCAUAUUGAGAAUGUUAGGAAAAACAGCAAAAAGGGCGAUAAUAACACAAUCAAUGUUGGAAGUAACAACAAUGGGAAUAACAGCAGUGGUGGUAAAAACAGUGGAGGUAAAAACAAUGGAGGUAGCAAUAGUAAGAAAAAAAGUACGAUGAACGCAGAUGCCAGUGAACAUAUCAACAGUAACAGUAACAGGAAAAAAAAGAAAAAAGGGAAGGAUCAAGAAAAAGCUAUAGAGAAGAAAAAUAAUAAAAAAGAGGAAUUAUCACCCAAGGUAGGAAUAAAAAAGACAAAACAAAAAAAGAAAGAUAAUAACAAUAGCAAUGAUGAUUAUUAUAAAGAUAAUAGCUAUGAGGAUGAUAAUGAUGAUGACAGCUAUGAUGAACAUUAUAUGGAUGAUAACGACGAUACACAUACACAGAAAUCUUCGAAUGUAGCUACUAAUACGUUGUCAUACAAAAAAAGCGGCACUUUUGACAUAAAGGAAGAGAAGGUAAAUUUGGGUGAAGAGGAAUACGUAAAUUCAGAAAAAAAUAAAAAAAAAAGAAUCAGAAGCUAUGCAGGACAGGAUGAAACAUGCGCAGAAGAAAAUAAAAAAAAGAGUACAUCAACUGAUAGAAAAAGUAGUACCAAGGAAAGAGCAACGAGAAAGGAGAGCAAGGAGGGGGAGAUGAAUGUAGAAGAAGAGGAAGAAGAAGAGGAAGAAGAAAACGAAGAAGAAAACGAAGAAGAAGAAAAUGAUGGUGGUGAAUAUGACGAGGAGAGUAAUAUAGAUAGUGAUGAAGAUGAUGAUGACUAUGAGGAGUGUGAAGAAGACGACGAGGAUUACGAGGAAGGGGAAGACUUUGAUGCAGAUUAUGCAGACGAAGGUGAAGAAGAAAAUCAAUUGGAAUCGAUGGAAGGAACAGAGAAUGAACAAAAAAAGAAAAACACAGUGAAAAAAAAGAAAAAUGAAAAAGUAGCAGGAGGUAAUAAUAAUAAAAAUACGUCAUCAAAAUUUAGCGAAAUUAAAGAUUUUUCAAUACAUAAUUCUUCAAAUAACGCAUCAGUAGAAAAGUCUACUGAAGCCAUUGUUGAUACAUCGAACAAGGCAAAAAAUAAAAAUAACACAAUUGUGAAAGAUGAGAUAAAUGGAAAACAAUGUUGCAAAUUAUUAGAUAAGAAUACAAGUAGUACCAAAGGAAAAAAUGUGGAUGUAGUGAAGAAAACUAAAAUCGAGAAAUCGAAAAAAGACAAAGGUCAAAAAAUAAUAAAAAAUGAAGGGGAAAAAAUUACGCAUAAUAAAGGUGAGGAAAUAGAGGAAGAAAAUGAACUGAAUGUUGAUAUAGCAGAUGAUUACGAGAAAAAAGAAACAUAUGAUAAAGAAAAUAAAGUUGUACAAAUGAAACAAUAUAAAUUAUUUACAAAAGAUUUUGAGGAUCAUUUUUUGAAGGAGGAUAACAAUAUGCAGAUAAAAAAAAAAAGUGAACAGCAAAAAAAAAUGAAUACUGUAAAUAAUCAGGUAAAGUUAACCCAAACAGUAACACAAAAUAUAAUUAAUUCUCUUUUUAAUGAAAUAGAAAAUAAAACACCUGUACAAGAAAUACGAGAUAAGCCAGAAAAUGAAAGUAUUGAAAAAAUUGAAAGUACAACGACUAACAAAAAAAUGAACGAAUGUGUUAAUAAAAAAAAGGCCAAUGAAAGUAUAAGUAAAAAAUUAAAUGAAAAGAAUAAAAAAAAAACAGGAAAUAAUAUAGAACAGGAUACGUUAGAAAAUAGAUUAUUUAAAUAUUUCAAGUUGUUGGGUCAACUAUGUGCCAAAAUUUUAACAGAUAACAGAAAUGUCAACAUUAAUUUACAUCCCUUAUUUUGGUAUCUCGCAAUGAAUAAUUCCGAGUAUGUGAACAUGUCCAAAUUACAUCACUAUCAAGCGGUUGACAAAGUAAAUAUGAACAGUAUAAAUAAGUUAUUAGAGUAUAGAAGAGAAAACAGAAAUGUCGAGGAUUUAUACCUUGAUUUUACCUUAUUAGGAAGCUAUCCGCCUAUUGAGCUGAUUUCGAAUGGGUCAAACACUCCAGUGAAUAAUGAAAAUUUAGAUUUGUUCAUAAAUAAAACUAUUGAAUAUUCAUUAUAUGAAGGAAUAAAAUUUCAGAUAUGGGCUUUUAGGUUUGGUUUUAGUACUAUUGCACCACUAAUUUGUACCAAUAUUUUUGAUGAAGACGAAAUUUGCGAAUUUUUAUUUGGAAGUAAUAUUGAAAAUGAUGAACACUGGACACAGUUGCAUUUAUCAACUUACAUAAAACCAGAUCAUGGGUACACGAACGAUUCUGUAACAUUUAUUACCUUAAUCGAAAUAUUAUCCGAAUUUAACAAAGAGGAGAGGAAAUUAUUUGUAAAAUUUUGCACCGGAACGUCAGCUUUACCAAAUAAUGGAUUUGCGGCGUUAAAGCCCUUAAUGAAAGUUGUCAAAAAGGAAGAUAAUAACGAUUUGCCGAGUGUUAUGACUUGUACGAAUUACUUGAAAAUACCAGAUUAUAAAAAUAAAGAAAAGUUGAGAAACAGAUUACUGUAUGCUAUUAAUGAAGGUCAAAAAAAUUUUUCCCUGUCAUAG